CCUAUUAAAGCACCUAUGCAAAUAAGCCCGGAAGCGAGGCGGAGCCGGAGCCGCCACCGUCCCAGAAGCCCCUGGGAAGCAGCCGCGCUGCGCGGGCGACUCGUUGGUCGCGGGGAAGACGGCGGCGCUGGAGCCGCGCAGUUCGGGCGAGUGCGCGCUGCGGCCGCGGCGCCCGGGCCCACGGUGACUGUCCUCGGGAAGGGGCCUGACCUGUGGCGGGUGGGCACAAUGGAUCUGGCCUAUGUCUGCGAGUGGGAAAAAUGGCCCAAGAGUACGCACUGCCCGUCAGUGCCCCUGGCCUGCGCGUGGUCCUGCCGCAACCUCAUCGCCUUCACCACGGACCUCCGGAACGACGACCAGGACCUGACCCGCCUGAUCCACAUCCUGGACACGGAGCACCCCUGGGACGUGCACUCCAUCAACUCGGAGCACAGCGAGGCCAUCACCUGCCUCGAGUGGGACCAGUCAGGCUCCCGGCUCCUGUCAGCUGAUGCCAAUGGACAGAUCAAGUGCUGGAGCAUGGCGGACCACCUGGCCAACAGCUGGGAGAGCCCCGUGGGCAGCCUGGUGGAGGGGGACCCCAUCGUGGCCCUGUCCUGGCUGCACAAUGGUGUGAAGCUGGCUCUGCACGUGGAGAAGUCAGGAGCCUCCAGCUUUGGGGAGAAGUUCUCCCGCGUCAAGUUCUCGCCGUCGCUCACGUUGUUUGGGGGCAAGCCCAUGGAGGGCUGGAUCGCGGUGACGGUCAGUGGCCUGGUCACCGUGUCCCUGCUCAAGCCCAGUGGGCAGGUGCUGACGUCGACAGAGAGCCUGUGCCGGCUGCGGGGCCGUGUGGCGCUGGCCGACAUCGCCUUCACGGGCGGUGGCAACAUCGUGGUGGCCACAGCGGACGGCAGCAGCGCGUCGCCCGUGCAGUUCUACAAGGUGUGCGUGAGCGUGGUCAGCGAGAAGUGCCGCAUCGACACCGAGAUCCUGCCCUCGCUCUUCAUGCGCUGCACCGCGGACCCCAACCGCAAGGACCGGUUCCCCGCCAUCACCCACCUCAAGUUCCUGGCCCGCGACAUGUCAGAGCAGGUGCUCCUGUGUGCGUCCAGCCAGACGAGCAGCAGCGUGGAGUGCUGGUCCCUGCGGAAGGAGGGGCUCCCCGUGAACAACGUCUUCCAGCAGAUCUCCCCCGUGGUUGGCGACAAGCAGCCCAUGAUUCUGAAGUGGCGGAUCCUGUCGGCCACCAACGAUCUGGACCGCGUGUCUGCCGUGGCGCUGCCCAAGCUGCCCAUCUCGCUCACCAACACCGACCUGAAGGUGGCCAGCGACACGCAGUUCUACCCUGGCCUCGGGCUGGCGCUGGCCUUCCACGACGGCAGCGUCCACAUCGUGCACCGGCUGUCGCUGCAGACCAUGGCCGUCUUCUACAGCUCCGCAGCCCCGCGCUCUGCGGACGAGCCGGCCAUCAAGCGACCUCGGACCACAGCCCCUGCCGUCCACUUCAAGGCCAUGCAGCUCUCCUGGACCUCGCUGGCCCUCGUGGGCAUCGACAGCCAUGGGAAGCUGAGUGUGCUCCGCAUCUCGCCGUCUAUGGGCCACCCGCUGGACCUGAGCCUGGCCCUGCGGCACCUGCUCUUCCUGCUGGAGUACUGCAUGGUGACCGGCUACGACUGGUGGGACAUCCUGCUGCACGUGCAGCCCGCCAUGGUGCAGAGCCUGGUGGACCGGCUGCAUGAGGAGUACACGCGCCAGACCGCCGCCCUGCAGCAGGUCCUCUCCACCCGGAUCCUGGCCAUGAAGGCCUCGCUGUGCAAGCUGUCACCCUGCACGGCGACCCGUGUGUGCGACUACCACGCCAAGCUCUUCCUCACCGCCGUCAGCUCCACCCUCAAGUCCCUGCUGCGCCCACACAUCCUCAACACGCCUGACAAGAGUCCGGGCGACCGGCUGGCUGAGAUCUGCGCCAAGGUCACCGACGUUGACAUCGACAAGGUCAUGAUCAACCUCAAGACGGAGGAGUUCGUCCUGGACAUGAACACACUUCAGGCGCUGCAGCAGCUCCUACAGUGGGUGGGCGACUUCGUGCUCUACCUGCUGGCCAGCCUGCCCAACCAGGGCGCCCCGCUGCGGCCCGGCCACAGCUUCUUGCGGGACGGCGCCUCUCUGGGCCUGCUGCGGGAGCUGAUGGUCGUCAUCCGCAUCUGGGGCCUGCUGAAGCCCAGCUGCCUGCCCGUGUACACGGCCACCUCCGACACGCAGGACAGCAUGUCCCUUCUCUUCCGCCUCCUGACCAAGCUGUGGAUCUGCUGCCGUGACGAGGGCCCUGCGAGCGAGCCGGACGAGGCGCUCGUGGACGAGUGCUGUCUGCUGCCCAGCCAGCUGCUCAUCCCCAGCCUGGACUGGCUGCCGGUCAGCGACGGCCUGGUCAGCCGCCUGCAGCCCAAGCAGCCGCUGCGGCUCCGCUUCGGCAAGGCUCCCGCCCUGCCCGGCAGCGCCACCGCCUGGCCACUGGACGGCCUGGCCAGGGCGCCAGGCCAGCCCAAAAUCGACCACCUGCGGAGGCUGCACCUAGGCGCCCACCCCACAGAGGAGUGCAAGGCCUGCACCAGAUGUGGCUGCCUCACCAUGCUCAGGUCGCCCAACAAGACGACGGCCGUCCGGCAGUGGGAGCAGCGCUGGAUCAAGAACUGCCUCUGUGGGGGGCUGUGGCGGCGGGUGCCCCUCAGCGGCCCCUGACCGGGCCAGGCCCUCGGACUGGCCCCCGGGGUCUGUGGGCAGGCGACGCUGUCCCAUCGCGGGUGACAGCGUCCUGCACACUUGGGGCCUUCACCGGGUGUGUUACGAUGAUAGUUUCUGAAGUGUGACUUUUGGGGCCUUGUCAGCCGUGGCCAGUGUCCCCAUGACAAGCCGGGCAGCCGAGGACAUGGCCUGCAGCCGCAGGUCCGUGCCCCUUGGCCCAGUGACGUCAGUCCCUCUCCCUCGGAACCCAGUGGCGCAUCUGGAGGACGGGCUGGCCGUGCUGAACCUCUGCCUGAGCUGGGCGCUGGGUACCACACUGGGCCUGCCCGCAGCUCACAGCCCAGGCACCCACCUCCCCAGGCCUCCAGGGGGCCCUCCAGAUGGCCCUGGUCCUGGGUCAGAGAGUCCAGGACAGGCUGGGCAUCUGUCCUUUAAAACGUCCCACAUGAACCUGUUGGGUGUCGAGGAGUUGCUGCUGGUGGCAGCAGUCAGACCUGUGCCCAUUCCGUCAGCUGCAGACGGGGAUGUCGUACCUGUACAUCUGGGUGGCUGUGACCCGGGUGGCCCAAUAAACGUUCAGCUGGGUAGGGUCACCUGUAUCUGGUGUGGCGGCCUCACCCAGCAGCCCCGCCCACUGCGGCUCCCUUGCCCCCAUCACGCAGAUCUAGUCUGUGUGACGUGUGUCGCUCCCACGUGAGCGUUUAUGGAGCACCCGCUGUCUGCCAGGCGCAGUGGCCGGAGCUGGGCUGGGGCUCUGCCUGCCCACCUGGCUCCUUCAGAUGAA